UCUCAAUUCCGUUAGCUGCACACUGACGUCAGAGUUCGGUCGAUCAGUUCAUCACCAGGGCCCUUGCAAACUAAGCUGAAAAAACAACCUACGACUUUUGGCGUGUUCAGGAAACUGAAGACAGCGCAACGAAGAUUUAAAAUAUGGGCAACUGUCAACCCACAAUCGUGCCAUAUGAGGAGUUUGAUGUUGUCGAUGAUAUAAAGGCAAUCCGCAAAGCGUGCAAAGGAUUCGGAACUGAUGAGAAAGCUAUCAUUGAGAUCCUGGCUUACCGCAGUGCAGCCCAGCGUGUGGAGAUUAAACAAGCCUAUUUUGAGAAAUAUGACGAUGAGUUGGUUGAUGUGCUUAAAAGCGAGCUGACGGGGAGCUUUGAGAAUGCCGUCAUCGCCAUGUUGGACCCUCCGCACAUCUUUGCAGUGAAGGAGCUGAGGAAGGCCAUGAAGGGAGCGGGCACCGACGAAGACGUGCUGGUGGAGAUUCUCUGUACCUCCACCAACGCUGAACUUGCUAUGUACAAGGAGUGCUAUUUUCAGGUGCAUGAUAGAGACCUGGAGUCGGACAUUGAAGGAGAUACAAGUGGAGACGUGAGAAACCUGCUCACUGGUCUUUUGCAAGGCACCAGAGACGAGAGUGAGAUUGUGGACGAAGGUCUGGCCGAAGCAGAUGCUGUUGCACUGUUUGAGGCUGGAGAGGGUCGCUUUGGAACAGAUGAGUCAACCUUGAGCUUCAUCCUGGCCAACAGGAACUACCUACAGCUUCAGGCCACUUUCAAGAUCUAUGAGCAGCUUUCUGGAACCGAGAUUCUGGACGCCCUGGAGACUGAGACCUCUGGAACGCUCAAGGACUGCUACAUCGCACUGGUGAGGGUGGCCAAAAACCCCCAGCUUUACUUCGCCCGGCGCCUAAACAAGGCUAUGAAGGGGGCGGGCACGGACGAGGACACCCUCAUCCGCAUCAUUGUGUGCCGCUCAGAGAUUGAUCUGGAGACCAUUAAAGACAUGUACUUGGAGAAGUAUGACGUCUCCCUGAAGGAUGCCUUGAGCUCAGAAUGUGGCGGGGACUUCAAACGUCUCCUCCUGGCAAUCUGCCAUUGAGGGAGGGGGAGAGGGGGGAGAGAGAGAAGGGGGGGGGGGAGAGAGAAGGGGGGGGGGGGGGAGAGAAGGGGGGGGGGAGGAUGCAGAAAAAGCAGAGCCCCAACUGGACCAAGGCCCUGCUUCUUUCUAACUAACAUAACUUACAAUAGGUCCUACUGUCCCCAGACUAGUGCGAGUCUUUGCUGGAGCGGGGGGGGUUGGGGGAAGAGAGACACAACAUCUCUUACCUCUGAUUUACUAAAUAUUUGUAAUUUUAACCGCAACACAGCGUGUCAUUUUCAAUAUGCACGGCUGCAUUGUCAUUAACUGUAUGUUCAAAGGUUAUGUAACAGUGUAAGGCAAUGUAACAGUUUUGCCUCUUUGACCUUGGCAGUUGUUGGUCAAGCCAAUCAAUGUUUUUUAUUGUUUUAAUCCAAGAAUAUGGUCAUGUUUGCAAAAAUUGUGUUGGUGAUGGUACCAUGACCCUGAUCCAUUGAUCCUGUGUUGAAAUAGAUACAGCUGAAAUCAGGUCUCAAAUUUCAAAGAAAUUCUGUGCUGGAGUCAAAUGUACUCAAUCAGUGCUUAGUGGAAUCAGGUGGUUCAGAGUUUGGCAGCACAACCACCUGCAAACAAAGGGCAUUUGUGGAGACCAGUCACAGGACUUCACUGUACCAAUCUGAAGCAGACAUUUUUCUACAUCAGUUAGGAAUUACAUAGAUUUGAAAUAUCCAAAUACCCCCCCCCCCCCCCCCCCCGAGUUCAACUCCCAGGAUUUUAAUGCCUUUGAUAAUAUAUGCAAACUGUAUUGGAGCUAUUAUUUAAUGAAGGAUAUUUCGAAAGUGUCUUUAUGAAUGGAAGUUAUGUGAUAUAGAAGACGAAGAAAGGAAUGUUACGUUGCACAGAAAGAUUUGAUAAAUAAUCACACUCCGGAAAUAUAACGAAGAAAGCCUAUAAUAGUUUUUAAUAUUAUAACUAUAUUGUCUGUCAAAUGUGUAUGUUAUAUUAAUCGGAAACUAUAAAUUGACUAAAUGAGGCUGUGUUACUUCCUCAUCAUCAUUAGGGAGUCUGCCUUGAUACAUCUACAAUGAACAUUCCUCAAGUCAAGUAUUUUUGUAUUUCUGAACUAACAAAAGACUGUGUAAGCGUUUUAACCCUAUUUAGUGCACUGCAGUGUUACCUAUUAUAUGCAACACUUGAUAUGUUACGUAUUUACGGAAAAUCUGUAGAGAAGCAUAAUCUGAUUGUUUUUAUGACAUUAACAACAGUCAAGUGUGUCCCUGUUAUGGCAGCUUUGUUGUUAACAUAUUUGAUAGCCUCUUCCAGUCCCAAAUAUUGUAUCUCAACAACUUGAGAUAACUGUUUUUAACAGGGCUGCUGAAGUGAAUACAGGAUUGGUGGCAUAUGGACCAGCCUAAGCAGACCUGCUGUGGUCUGUGAAACAGGGACCAUUUAUUUACCUCAGUGUAGCCAAAGAUUAUCCCCGUACAAAAA